AUGGCCGCAGCUUUCUCAAUCUUUCCACUGGAGAUCUGGUUUCUGAUCUUUCAGUAUCUGCGCGACGAUGAAAGCCCACAACACAUCAGCAGGCUCGCGCAGACGUGCCAACCUUUUCAUCAAGAACUUAACCAUCUUUUAUACCAGCCUGUACGACUGAGGCGGGUAGAGAAUGCUCAACGGUUCGCCAAUACCGUCUCCAGUCUCCCAGGCUUGGCAGCACUGGUCAAGGAAGUGAGACAUACCCAAGAUGCGGGCUUUUCAGACUUUGCAGGUUACUCCGAGCCUUUUUACAAAGCACUCACUAAAUUAAAAAACCUGGAAACACUGGUUAUGAGAGAAACUACCCACCCAUUUUAUGAAUACUCGCCACAAGCGGCAGUACAAGAAGUGCUUGCCGAGAUUUGCUAUGACGCCCAAGUGUCAGGGGUGAGAGGAUCAUGCUUGAACGAUAUCAUCAGGGAUAUGGAAGGUCUAGGGUACCCUCUUGGAAAUGCAUCAGAUCCGCUCGGCCUUGGAUUCCAUCCGCGGAUGAUUCACUCGAUCGAAUGUUGGGCGGAAGAUCUGAUAGAGCGCACGUAUUUUAGCCGAGGCAACCUUAAAGACUUAAUGCCCGCACUACGAACGUUGCUGCUUCUCAACUGUCGUGUCUCUGCUGAAGAUCUCGCGCUCAUUAUUCGAUUUCCACAAGCUCCAUACCAGGAAGAUGAUUAUACGGUUUUUUCUGAUCAAUUGAGUGCUCUGCAUUCUAAAUCCUUGGAGUACGUGGAUGCAGACAUUUACGGGGGCGCAGACUACGGCCUUGGCUUCGAUUCAUUUGAAGUUCUCAAGGAGGUCAUACUCACCCCUCCUUCAAUGCUUGCGAAUGUCGACGAAGAGAUGAUCCUGCCAGAUAGUGUCCAGAGACUCACAAUACGAUACGAAGAAGGCACUCUUCUACACCUAAGCCCCCUCCUCGACGAUCUAAAGGACGGGAAUUUCCACAAUCUGCGCUCUGUGAUAUGCCAAAUACCCGACAAUAUCUGCGAAUUCACAACCAACUUAGAGCCAUGCGUCGAAGUUGCGGCUUUCAAACCCGAAUUCAAAGAUUUUGGGGUGGAGCUAUCAACAGAAUUCGUUCCAUAUCCCCUCACGAUGCCGAAAUAUGACGUCUGUCCCUGUGAAAACUUAACGUUCUAUCAUCAAUUUCCCUUCCACCCCCGUGCCAGGUCUGGCCCACAGGAUGAACAGGCUGCUCCCCGAAUGCCUCUUCUAUAA